AUGGACUUUAAUCCAUUUAGCGAGUCUGCUAACUUUGUUGACUUACUUACCAGUCAACAAAAUGUUGCAUCGCAAGCUCCCUUCUUAGGCAGUGGUGGAAGUGGUGCAAACACUGAAGCCAUCCGUAAAGAAAGAAGAGCGUGGACCCCAACCGACGAUGUAGUACUCAUCAGCUCGUGGCUGAACACGAGCAAAGACCCUAUCGUUGGGAACGAGCAAAGGUCUUCAGCAUUCUGGAAAAGAAUUGCUGAGUAUUACAAUGCUAGUCCGAAGCUUGCUGGGUGUGAGAAGAGAGAGGCAGCUCACUGUAAGAAUCGCUGGCACAAGAUUAAUGACGUAGUUUGCAAGUUUUGUGGAGCAUAUGAAGCUGCAAACAGAGAGAGAUCGAGUGGGCAAAAUGAGACUGAUGUCCUCAAGCGAGCCCACGAGAUCUUCUUCACAAACCAUAACAAAAAGUUCACCCUUGAGUAUGCUUGGAAAGAGUUGCGUAAUGACCAGAAGUGGAGUGAGCUCUCUGCGUCAAAAAAGAGGAAGUGUGAGGACAGUGAACAUUCAGCAACUGAAGGAAGUAUUCGUCCCGAGGGUGUUAAGGCUGCAAAAGCCCGUGGUAAGAAGACGAUGGAGGGGGGAAAGGAUCUGGACGCGUCGUUUGAGACUAUGUGGAUCAUCAAGCAGCAGGAUCUUAAGAUGAAAGAAAGGGUGUCGAAGAUGAGGCUUCUUGAGCGUCUCCUUGCAAAAGAAGAACCCCUUGCUGAUUAUGAAGAAGCUCUGAAGAAGCAGCUCAGUAUUGAGUUGAUGUCUAAUUAG